CUUUGUUGCACAGUAACAACAGAAUUCUCAGCUGCUCUGCAACGGGUUGGCGAUUUCGAUCAUGCGUCCUACACUCCGCAUCGAUCUCUUCCAUCGCUGCUUCGUGAUCCUUCCGAUCCCUGCUUCCUUAUCUUUUCGAUCUCUGCUUUACGAUCUUCUCGCCCCCUCAUCCUGUACCCAAUUUCUUUAGCCUUCAAGAGAUUUCCCUUUUUUAUUUUGGAAAUUGACGCGCUUUUCCCAUUCAUCGCCAAAACAAACCCGUGCUUCCUCCCUCUUCGUCUUCUCCUCUCGCAAUCUGCGCCCUUAGUUCUCAAUUGGAUUCACAGUAAACACCCAUAAAUUUAGAGGAUUACUUUUGAGAAGCAUUGUUGGAAACGAUCAUUGUCAACUAUCUGAUUGCAAUGGACAAAGAUUGGCUAACAUUUUCGAGACCAUCAACAGAAUACAGAGAGGGUGCACAAAAGUUUGUACAAGUAGCUAAAGAAUAUGGAGGAAAUCGAGAUAAGAUCAUUUGCCCGUGUAUAAUAUGUCAAAACCAAUGUUUUCAACUACCUGCGAUUGUGUAUGAACACUUGGUUAUAAAUGGAAUAGAUCCUUCGUAUACUACUUGGGUGUUCCAUGGUGAACAAGAACCUAUUCUUCAACAACAUGACUAUGCCAACGUGACAGAAACAUAUCAGAUGUAUAGGGAUGUCUUGGAUGAAGAUGAUGGAACUGGAAAAGCAAACUUGCUAAUUGGAGAUGAGAAUUUCAAACAAAAGGUUGAAGAAGCUGAAGCUCCUUUAUAUGAAGGUUGUACGAAAUACACAAAGUUGUCAGCAACUGUAGUUUUAUACAAGAUUAAAGCUUCAAAUGGUGCAACAGAUAAGCUUUUUGACGAGCUCCUCCAAGCCUUAAAGGACAUGUUUCCGGAAGGUAAUACACUUCCGAAUUCAAUGAAUUCGACAAAGAAGUUACUUAAGGUGUUUGAUUUAGGGUUCGAGAAAAUAGAUGCAUGUGUAAAUGAUUGCUGCUUAUUUUGGAAAGACUUUGAACAACUUGAGACGUGUCCAAAGUGUGGUUCUUCACGUUGGCAGGUUGGUAAACGUAAUAAUCACAUUUACAAAGGAGUUUCUGCAAAGGUGUUGCGCUACUUUCCUAUUAUACCAAGAUUUAAGCGAAUGUUUAAGGAUGAUGACAUGGCCAAAGACUUAACAUGGCAUCAUACCAACAAAAGUCAGGAUGGUAAGAUGCGACAUCCAGUUGAUUCGCCAGCAUGGGAGUCUAUUGACACUAGAUAUCCUGAUUUUGCCUCAGAUCCACGAAACUUGAGACUUGGUUUAGCUACCGAUGGAUUUAACCCAUUCCGCCAGCUAAGCUCUAGAUAUAGUUGUUGGCCAGUUAUAUUAGUUACAUACAAUCUUCCUCCAUGGUUAGCCAUGUCGAAAGAGAAUUUGAUGUUGACGUUAAUAAUUCCUGGGAAGAAACAACCCGGAAAUGAUAUUGAUGUUUACUUGCAACCACUCAUAGAAGAUUUAUGUGUGUUAUGGAAUGAAGGAGUGGGUGUAUUUGAUGCAACUACAAAUUCUACUUUCAAUUUGAGGGCUAUUUUGAUGUGGACAAUCAGUGAUUAUCCCGCUUAUGGUAACUUGGCUGGAUGUUUUACAAAGGGCAGGUUUGCUUGUGUGGCAUGUGGUGCUAACACGCGAUCUUUGAGGUUGCCGUUUAGUAAGAAGCAUGUAUAUACCGACAAUAGAAGAUUUCUUCCACCUUCUCAUGAGUUUCGCAAGAAGGGUAAAUGGUUUGAUGGGAAUGAUGAUAUUGGGCAAAAACCAAGGGUAUUGACAGGUGAAGAAGUUUUAUAUGCUUCCGAAGCAGCUGGAAGGGAUUGGGGAAAAAAGUCAACUACACAAAAAGGCACAAAAAGGAAGAUGAGUGUAAAGAAAGGUGUACAGACAACAGGAAGUGAUCCUAUUAACAUAUGGAAAAAGAAAUCAAUUUUCUUUGAUUUGCCGUAUUGGAAGAAAUUAUGUUUGAGGCAUAAUUUGGACAUCAUGCACAUAGAGAAAAAUGUUUGUGAAAGUAUUGUUGGCACAUUGCUACAUAUUAAAGGUAAAUCAAAGGAUGGACUUAAUUGUCGUAAAGAUUUAAAGGAAUUGGGUAUUCGGCAUGAUUUAUGCAUAACUGAAGAGAAAGGAAAAAAGACGAAACUACCUCCAGCACUUCACAACUUCUCUAAAGCAGAGAAACAUAUUUUCUGUAAGAGGUUGUUCGAUAUGAAGGUACCAGAUGGUUAUAGCUCAAAUAUUAGUAAUUGUGUGGAUCUAAGUGACUGCAAUCUAAUUGGACUCAAGUCCCAUGAUUGUCAUGUCCUAAUGCAACAAUUGUUGCCAGUAGCAAUAAGAGGUCUUUUGCCUAAAGGUCCAAGACAUGCAAUCUUUCGGUUGUGUGUAUUUUUCCACGAACUCUGUCUAGGAGUUAUUGACAAAAGUAAGCUGGAAGUAUUGGAGAAUGAGGUUGCAGAAACAAUAUGCAUGCUUGAGAAGUAUUUUCCACCUUCUUUCUUUGAUAUUAUGAUUCACCUUACAAUCCAUUUAGCGAGGGAAGCUAGGCUAUGUGGACCUGUUCAUUAUCGUUGGAUGUAUCAUUUUGAAAGAUUUAUGAAGGUGUUAAAGGAUUAUGUUAGAAAUCGAGCACGACCAGAGGGGUCUAUGGUAGAGUGUGUCUUAGCUGACGAGUGUGUGAAAUUUUGUAGUAAGUACAUAAAACAAGCUGAAAAUAUCGGUUUACGACAUAACGGAUAUGAGGAUGAAUCAAUUGUUAUUGGGAAUCCUAUUUCAGCUGGUGUGACAAUGACCAUGUCUUCAGAAAUGUACCAAAUUGCUCAUCGUUACAUAUUGUUUAAUAGCUCAGAAGCUGAGCCAUAUCGAGAAAUGCAUGUUGAGGAGCUUAAGUAUUCAGAUCCGAGCCUUGUAGGCAAAUUGAACAAGCUACAUAGGAUGCAUGCAACUCAAUUUUCAUCUUGGCUCCGCAAUAAGGUUAUUGCACUGGGAGACACAAGUGUCUCGGACAUGUUAAAGGGGCUUGCAUUUGGACCGAUAACACAAGUAAUGUCAUAUUCAAGAUAUGUUGUAAAUGGAAGGCGUUUUUGUACAAGAGCUAGUGAGAAGACUACACAAGACAGUGGUGUUUAUCUUGAAGCUGAAACAUCGGUCAAUGGCACCGAAGAGAUUAAAAAGGUUUUAUACUAUGGGGUGAUUCAAGAGAUUCUAGUGAUGGACUAUUACACGUUUCGGGUCCCCAUAUUUAAAUGUGAUUGGGCGAAUACUAGUAAUGGCAUUAAGGUUGAUGAUGGAUUUACUUUGGUCAACCUGCAUCGUCUAAAUCAAUUUCAAAAUGAUCCAUUUAUUCUCGCUUCACAGGCCAAACAAGUAUUUUAUUCAAGAGAGAGUGAAACGUCUGAUUGGUAUGUUGUUCUAAAAGCACCUCCAAAAGGGUUCCAUGACUUGGGAAAGUUUGACGAGGAUGCUUACAUGUCAUAUGCCCCAUUAGAUGUUUAUAAACUUGAUGAUUGUGUAGGUGAUGAAGAUGAAGGUUAUGUUCGGGCAGAUUGUGAGGCCAUUCCUGUGUAAAACUAGAUAUGAUGCCCAAACAUAUGCCAGCAUGAGUAAUCGAGAGCUUAGAGACCGACUACAAAAUGUCGAAGGAAAAUUGCGGGAAGUGUUUGAUCUUGUGUUGGCUAAACAACAAAAUGAGGUAAUUAUAUCGCUGCAGGGAAAUAACGGUCUAAAAAAUAUAUUCUAACUUCUAAUCAUAUCGCUGCAGGGAAAUGGUAAAGAAACUAAUACCAAUGAUGCAAUUCAAGUCUCCACAAAUAGGCCUCAGGUAAAAAUGGGUCAUUAGUAAAUAUUGGUAUUUUACGAGUCGAUGGCGGUUGUUGACGGCAGCCACCUUAGGCUUAGUUAUCGGUGGCGGAGCUUAUGUGAGCACUGUGGAUGAAGCAACUUUCUGGUACCGAAUAUCAUUUUUCGAGUCGAAGUUUUGCUCUGUUUGCAUUUGAACUUUCUUUCGGUUUACCACUUGCGGUGUUUACGUUUAUUUCCAAUGACUGUUAUCUUAACCAAGCAUUCUAUCAAUGAGAAGAUUAUAUUCGUAACA